AUGGAAAUGGUUGAAUCGUCUCCGUUAGUAGAUCCACUUGUUGUAAAAACUUCACCGGAACCAGCGGCAAAUAAAUUUCAAGGUUCAUUUACAGAUCAUUUAGCUAAUGAGCGUACAUUCUUAGCAUGGAUACGAACUGGCCUUGGCAUAUUUGCUUUUGGAUGUGCUAUCGCACGAUUCGGUGGUGCAAAUGAUGUUCAAAAAACAUUUAAAGAUUCAUUUCAUGAAAUCAAGCCAAUUAUAUCUGGUUUACUUUUAGCUUUUGCUGGUGUUAUACUGUUAUUCUUUAGUAUUUAUAGAUUUUGUCGAGUUAAUCGACAAAUUAUGCACAGAGAUUUAACUGCAGCAUCGCAAAUACGCGAACCACUUAUUGCUGCGUUAGCAUUAAUUUUAUGUUUAACGGCUAUUCUAAUCAUUUUUGUUGUUCUAUAA